AUGAUUGAUGAAGUCUGCGCUCCUCCUACCAGCUGUUUGUUUGCUCUUUACUUCUGAUUAUAAAAUUUAUCAUGGUGCCACGAUAUUUAUUCACUAACUCAUUUGAGCUUCUGAAGGGUUUGUGAUCAUGAAGUUAAGUUUCAGUUUAAUAUUGUGUUCAAUUCAGUGCACAUAUGGAUAUGUUGGAUUCCGGUGGGAAGCAUACGACGCGACGGCAUUUCUAUUCUGUGCUAGAUUAAUAUCUGGAUUGAUAUCAAUCAUCAUCAAACACUGAUUGACAAUAUCGAACAUUGAAACAUCCCAGUGACUGCUUGUGAUAUAAUGGAGUCGGUUCUCAAGAGGCUGCAGUCACUGACUCCAGAUCAGUUGAGAGACGAGAUCACAGGCGCUGGACUCAAAUGUGGCCCAAUAACAGCCACCACCAGGAGCGUCUUUGAGAAGAAACUGGCUCGAGUUCUGCUGGAGAAUCACACAGACGGUAGUGAUGCGCCACAGAUGCAUUCUGAGAGCUCAGAGAGUUCAUGCCAAGAGCUUCAUCAGCCAAUCAAUGAACGGAACAGAGAGGAAAUGAAUCAUGACACCGAAACCACAGAGAAUCCAGAGACGUUCUCCGAAAAUCCCUCAGUUUAUUACGGAGUUUAUCCUCAGCCAGACGACCCCUCCGUUAAAGAUGGUACAGUGCAUGUGUUUGUUAAUAAGACAAAAGCACUGAAGGCCGUGAUGAGGAUGAAGGGCGCUCGAUUCAAAGCUUUCGUGAGCAAAGAAGACGCUGAGAACUUUGCUAAAGGUGUAUGUGAAGACAAAUCUUCACCAGAGAAACCAAACGCUGCAUCAGUCAUCGAUGCUGUGAAUGUGGAGAAGGCCAACGAAUUCAGAAGUCCACGCACACAAGACCUGACAGCAAAACUGCGGAAAGCUGUUGAGAAAGGAGACGAGGAGACAUUUAAAGAGCUCGUCUGGGAAAAUCCAAGAUAUCUCAUUGGAUCUGGUGACAAUCCAACUAUUGUGCAGGAGGGAUGCAGAUAUAAUGUCCUGCAUGUCGCAGCAAAAGAGAACCAGCCAGGAAUCACUCGUCUGAUCUUAGAAACGCUGGAGAACCCAGAGUUCAUGCGUCUGAUGUACCCUAAGGAUCAGGAGGUCAUGCUGUGGCAACGCAUCAGAUAUAUACUUGAUCUGUAUCUUAACACUCCUGACAAAGCAAGUAAUGAGACACCGCUGCACUUUGCCUGUAAGUUUGGUUGUCCAGACGUGGUGAAUGUUCUGUGUUCGCAUCCAUACGUCGAUAAAAACUGCAGGAAUAAAUACGACCAGAAACCUGCAAGUGUGAUCUGUGAGCGGAAAAACAAAAGUAAAGAAGUGAAGCAGAAGAUCAUGGAAUAUUUGGAGGACAGAUUUUAUGUGCCUUUAUUGAGGGCCGCUGACAACACGCUUCAUCCAGUGAUCGGCGCCCCCUGGUGUCCUGGAUCAUUAGAGUCAUGUGACCAGUUACAAACACCUGUGAUUGUGGACAGUCCCAAAAACCCAUUGAUGACGAUCAAGGCAUUUGCUGGCCCUUUAAAUUCAUCAAAAGCUGAGGAGUUUCACCGAUUGUGGAAAACGCCGCCACGAGACCGGGCCAAAUAUUUCCAUGACAUUUUAAAAUCUGACUCGGAUCGGGGUGCAGAGAGAGUGGGCAGAGAGUUGGCUCAUGAGAUGGGCGUCCCCUGGGCAGAAUAUUGGGACUUUCUGAACUGCUUCAUCGACUUGUUCACUGCGGAUGGUUUGAACAUGUUGGAAGAGUAUUUGAACAGAGAAAACCGCCCGAUAAAUGCUAGAUGUUCCACUCCAUCUACUGGUGGACCUGAUCGAACAUCCAGUUCUGUCUGUAGAUCAUUUCACAAUGAGCAUCUGAACAGAUCCUUUAAAACGACACAUGAGAAUUCAACUGAAGAAGAAGAUCCUAGUGACAUCGGACGGUUCCCGGUCUGUGACCUGAUGCAGGAGUUCGAGAAUGUUUUAUUCUCCACUGAACACACAGAUAAGACAUGUGACUCUGGUCUGGGCGGCCAGACUCUGUCCAGCUCUAAUGAUGAAUGGAGAACGCAUCAGACUGAAGAUGAUGAAUGUAGCUGUAGUUCAGAGGAGUAUUUCACAGCGGAUGAAGACUCUGGUGACCUGCAGGAUUGUAAUAGCAGCAAUGGGGGCAUCCUCGGUCACUCCACACCCUGGAGCAGAGGACACGUCUCACUGGACGACUCGGGUUCCUCAAACUCUUCAUUUCAAUCAACACACAGCAGGACUGACCACAUCAUUGACCCUGUUGACCUCGAUAGACGAGAGGUUUUUAUUGUAGGUAAUUCACCAACUAAGCUUGACAAUGAUGUGCUUCUAGCGUUGAAUAAUGUGGAAAUUGACCAAAACUUAUAUCCUGGUGUGGUCAAAUGGAAGAGCAAGAUUCUGUCCUAUCCUUCAUCACAAAGACAAAGCUGGCCGGCGGCUUCAUUGACGAUCAGAGACAGUGAGAGCCGGAGCUCACCGGCCGAUAGGCUCGACUGGUUUACUGUCUCACCCAAUUUCAGAAGCCCUGGCCACUUUAACCCCGAGCAGUUUGUGUUCAGCCCUCUGAGCAGGUCAUACAGACACGUGUAACCAGAAUAUCCUGUCCAUUGAAUCUAAGAUGCACUUGUACGUUGGUUGAUUCGCUUUACAAGCACUAAAAAGUUCAGUCACUUUACAUUUUACAUUUCUAAAUAUUUGUUUGUUUUUACUUCCUAUUAAAGUUUUAUGCAAUUUUAUUUUGUACUGCUAUUGUAUUGCUUUUAAUAAUUGCACAAUUUGUUUGUUUGAGAUUGUUUGUGGUAAUGCAGCUGAUGUAAGAAAAUGUUGCAUGAAAAAAUUGAAAUUUGUUUAAUUAUAACAAGACCUUUUUGUUAAGAAAGCAAUUGCAUUUGGUGUGUUUUCUCAGUCUUAUAUAAGCUGUUUUUCGAAGGCAGUGUGUGAAGAUGUGAAGUAAGAGAAAUAUAUGUGUAAUAUUGAUUGUUUCUAAGAACUAAACAGUUUGAUGCCAUUUAAGUCCCCAGUACGAGCUGUGGUAUUUAUAUUGUUUAGUUUCACCCGAUGACUAUUUUAAUAGGCUUGUUAAAAAGACUAAAGACCAUUUAUAAUAUUACACACUGCUGAAGGCCUAAAAGUCAAAUUUUAAAUAAUUGGAAUCAUUUUCAAUUAUUACACUGGUGUCAUUUCCGAGCUGCACGUCAAUCAUCUUUGAUCAAAAGAAGUGCUUAAUCAUUGGAUUAAAAAAAUAAAAAUAGGGGGUCUGGGUAUCUCAGCGAGUAUUGACGCUGACUACCACGCCUGGAGUCGUGAGUUCGAAUCCAGGGUGUGCUGAGUGACUCCAGCCAGGUCUCCUAAGCAACCAAAUUGUCCCGAUUGGUUGCUAGGGUGGGUAGAGUCACAUGGGGUAACCUCCUAGUGGUUGCUAUAAUGUGGUUCUCGCUCUCAAUGGGGCGUGUGGUAAGUUGUGUGUGGAUUGUGGAGAGUAGCAUGAGCCUCCACAUGCUGUGAGUCUCCGCGGUGUCAUGCACAACGAGUCACGUGAUAAGAUGCGCGGAUUGACGUCUCAGAAGCGGAGGCAACUGAGACUUGUCCUCCACCAUCCGGAUUGAGGUGAGCAACCGCGCCACCAAGAGGACCUACUAAGUAGUGGGAAUUGGGCAUUCCAAAUUGGGGAGAAAAAGGGAUAAUUUUUAUUAAAAUAAAAAAUAUUUAUAUAUAUAUACAUUUAGUAUUAUUUUCUUUAUCUAGCAUGUAAUUCAUUUGUGGUAAUGUGCCUUUUCAACACUGAUAGUCCCUCAUUUAUUGUUCUACCUUAGUAUGUCAUGAUACUGUGACCUUCAGUGGAAGAUAUAUGUUAUGAAAUCUCAUCACACACACCAGAGGUGAC